CGCGGGCGCCGAAGGGGUUAACGCACCUGGCCACCGCCCCUUCCCCGCCCUCCGCCGGGAAAAAGACGCGCAGGGGCGCGGCCCGGCCUCCGCCUCCUCCUGCCGUCCCCGCCGCGCGCCAGACCUGCGCCCCGCGCGCCCCGCGACGCUCGGCCGCGCCGCCAUGUCGCUCUGGAAGAGAACCCUCUACAAGAGCAUUGGCCUCGCCCUGGCUCUCCUCGUGGCCUUGACGGUUUUCCAGCGCAGCCUGACCCCCAGCCAUUUUCUGCAGGAGCCCCUACCAGUCACACCGGAGCCCCUGAAGGCUCAGAAGCCAAGUGGACACCUGGUGAACGUCAACAGCUUCUGGAAGACCCCUAGUGAGGUGGUGGCCCCCAGCCCAGUGGCUUCCCGGGGGCCGCAGGUCUGGGAUGUGACCACUACGAACUGCUCGGCCAACCCUAACCUGACCCAUCAUUCCUGGUUCCAGAGCCUGGAGCCAAACUUCCGGCAGUUCCUGACCUAUCGCCACUGCCGGUACUUCCCCAUGCUGCUGAACCACCCUGAGAAGUGCGCGGGCAACGUGUACCUCAUGGUGGUGGUCAAGUCAGUCAUCACGCAGCAUGACCGCCGUGAGGCCAUCCGCCAGACCUGGGGCCAAGAGUGGGAGUCGGCGGGCAGGGGCCGGGGCACCGUGCGCACCCUCUUCCUGCUGGGCACGGCGUCCAAGCAGGAGGAACGGGCCCACUACCAGCAGUUGCUGGCCUACGAGGACCGCCUGUACGGCGACAUCCUGCAGUGGGACUUUCUGGAUAGCUUCUUCAACCUGACCCUCAAGGAGAUCCACUUCCUCAAGUGGCUGGACAUCUACUGCCCCAACAUCCCCUUCAUCUUCAAGGGCGAUGACGACGUCUUUGUCAACCCCACCAACCUGCUGGAGUUCCUGGCUGACCGGCAACCCCGGGAAAACCUGUUCGUGGGUGAUGUCCUGAAGCACGCGCAGCCCAUCCGCAGGAAGGACAACAAAUACUACAUCCCCCCUGUGCUCUACAACAAGCCCAGCUACCCGCCCUAUGCCGGCGGUGGCGGCUUCCUCAUGGCUGGCGGGCUGGCCCGGCGCCUGCACCACGCCUGCGACACCCUGGAGCUCUACCCCAUCGACGACGUCUUCCUGGGCAUGUGCCUGGAAGUGCUGGGCGUGCGCCCCACGGGCCACGAGGGCUUCAAGACCUUCGGCAUCUCCCGGAACCGCGCCAGCCGCAUGAACAAGGAGCCCUGCUUCUUCCGCUCCAUGCUCGUGGUGCACAAGUUGCUGCCCACUGAGCUGCUGGCCAUGUGGGGGCUGGUACACAGCAAUCUCACCUGCUCCCGCAAGCUGCAGGUGCUCUGAUGCCACAGGGCUGCCAGCCGGCGCACUGCGCUGGAGCCGUGGUGCUGGACAGAGCCUCUGGUCCCUGCGGGAGGUGGAGGGUUUGGGCCUUCUGUGCCGCUGGAUGUGGUGGGCUGCAGGAAGCCUCCCCAGGCGGUGAGGCUUGGGAAUGGGGUGCUGCCCAGGCUGGGGGGCAUCUGAGAAGCAGCGGGGACCCUCCAAGCCCAGGACUGGGAGGCCCUGGUGGCCUCUGCCGGAAACCUGUGCUCAGGGACCUGGGCUGGAUCUGGCCUGGGGGCUCUGUGGCUGCCUCUCGUCCUCACAGGGGUGUCUCCUGUGAAAUGGCUCAGUGUCCCCAGAGCCAGACAGCCCCCCAGCCAAAGAGGCUCAGCCCUGUGCUGGCUCACAGGUGCCCCUGGUCUGCGCCGCUGGGCCUUGCGGCUGGCGAGGCCCUCCCACAGACGCGGUACAGCCCCAGGCCCGCUGGGUCAGCCCUAGCCUCUGCUCUGGAGGCCUCGCUCCUGGCUGUGACCUCUACAUCUGGAAGUGUGACCGCCACUCACUACCUCACCUGAGCUCCCACCGUACUCUGACACAGGGCAGAAGAGCAGUGCUCCUGGCCCCGAGUCCCAGUGCUGCUGUGUGGCUCCAGCCCCACCAAGGCCGGUGCCCUGGCCCAAAACUGGCCGGUUUGGUCCUGGAAGUGGACUUUAAUCUUACUGUGAAGUUUUAUUUAUGAAGAAUUCAGAGGGAGCAGACUCUGGGCCUGAAGUGGGGUGGUCCUCCCUCUCCCUCACCUCCCUUAGCCCCAGCAAGCACCCCCACCCUGCACACCCCCUGCAGCCCCUCCCCACGUGCACCCCAACUUCCCCGGGGCCUGAGCAGCCCAACAUUUGCCCCUGUGAAUGAAGGGACAGGGGCCCGCGGUGGUGGGUGCACAGGGAUGCCACCCCCGACCUCAGGGUGGAGUCCGCCAGGAAAGGUGGAGGGAUGGUCUCUAUUUUCUCAAUAAAACAGGACUGGGUUUUUUCUGG